AUUGUGCUAACGAGGUCGCACGCACGUAUGACGCCGCUGCACUUAAACCGCGUAGCCACGCCGCCACGGCCACUGAACCAUGUCCCAAUUGCACCCGUACCCGCACGCGCGUCAUCCCCAGCCCCAGUCCUACGCCUCGUCCGCCGUCGUCGCUGCCCAGCAAGGCGAGCUCGACACCAGCUGGUUCGUCCCCGAACACCACCAUCCGGCCACCUCGCUCGGUCCCGCAGGAUACGUCCCACCCGCAGCGGAUGCUUCGCAGAGCUAUGGCAGGCAGCAGGCGCCCAGCAAACCUCGCAAGAAGAAGAUAAGGGAGCGCAUCGCCUUGGACGACAGUCAGCCACCGACGACGCAAGGGAAACCUCGCCAACGAGUGUUCCUAGCGUGCGUGCAAUGCCGCAACCGCAAGGUUCGCUGCGACGGUGCUCGACCGAAUUGCUAUAACUGCUCAAAGCGCGCUGCGGAGAGGGAGAAAGCACACGAGGAGCCCGAGCCCGAGUGCUCGUACGACGCCGUCCCGAAACGUCGUGGACCGGAUCGAGACCCCGGAGCGAGGCAGCGCGUAAGCAGAAGCGAGGGCGAACCUGGUCCAGUGCGCAGAAGACGACGCAAGCCGGAGGACAAGACACCGUACCAGAAAGACGGACAGUCAUUAUCCCCACCAGUCGGUGAACCCGCGCCCAUCAUCCGACCUCCAUCGCCGCCUCGGCUGCAUGUCACGAUCCCAUCUCCCCCAGCGCCGAGGUCGGCGUACGCUGCGCCACUGUCGGCGUUAUCCUCGUCGACAUCUCCUCCGUCUACGCUCGCCACCUUAUCCUCGUCAACCCUGUCGAUGGCUUCGGCUACAUCAACAACAACGUCGUACGGGCGAACCCCGAACACGCAGACUUUGCCAUCGGUCCUGACAAGUGACCGCGGACCUAUACAGGCUACCGGGCAUGUGUACUAUCCUCCUUUCGUCGUCGGUUACGGCCUUCCUGGGGUGCCUGGUGCGAAGCUGUACGACGAGGAAGACGACGCAAGCCAGGAUAGCUAUACAGGCUAUGUUACCCAGCCGGCCGAUAUAUCUGGCAUAGCAUUCGACCCGUCGCUCAACUUCGCACGGAAGACGUGGUGGGACGCCCUCGUCGAGCUCUACUACGCGCCAGAACAGUUCCGUCGUGUCCCUGGUCUGCCGAUGAUGACGGCCUCUCAACGUAAUGCCGCAGCGACGGAGAUCACGAUGGAUCUGCGAUUCAUAUUCAGAUCCUCCAAUUACUGGUUCUCGUUCCUGCAUGUUCCGCGCUUCUUCGCUGCCUAUUUCGAUUCGAGCUCCCGAGCCUUCAUGCAGCCGAGCUUGAUACUGAGUUUACUCGCGGUUUCUACCCUCAUCCAAAGCUCGGAGAUCCGCAAAGGACGGCAAGGUCGAGAGAAAGCGUUGCGCCUGAGGGAAGAAGCCCAGGGUGCACUAGAGGCAAGCAUCAAUGCUGGAUGGCUGGACGUAUCGCUCGUCCAGGCCGCCUGGCUGAUAGCCAUGUUUGAAUCGUGCCCGCACCCGUGGGGGACGAAAGAGCGUGCCGCUUCGGCUAUGAAGGUGCUGGACGGCCUGAUUCGGACACUUGCACUCACCUCCGUGGAUAUCGACGCUGUACAGCAACAGACCCAACAGCGGCAACACAUCGCUUCUCCCAUUGCAUCGCAAAGGAAUAUUCAACACCAAUUGUCACCUCACGCGCGGUCCCUAGCGACGCCGUUGCGUCCUGUAACGGUAGCAGCUACGCGUGGGUGCAGAUGCGCCGUUCUGACUCUCGGCGCGAAUUGGGAAGGCGCACGAGAGCAUACUCCUUUGUGGCUUAACACGCCGGCGUGGGAUUCGCGUUGGUCCGAGUCCGAGAUACGUCGCGAGGAGUGCAGACGGAUUUGUUGGACGUCGGCGACGCUCACUGCAUCCCAUGCUAGCUUCGAGCACGCGAGUCGUUUCAGGAGCUCGGACCUCUUCAUGGCGGACCCAGCCAAUUUUGCCGUGAUGUUCUCGGGAGAGUCGUUGCAACCCUACGGCGAUCAAGGGCCGGACACAAUAUGGGCGCUAUCAGAUCGUGCUAGUCUGCUCUGGAGCCAAUGCGUACGUCGAAGGGGUGACACGUCUAUGUCGGACACAGAGAAGGCGCAAUACGCUAUGAGCACCUGGUUGGAGACCGAAGCCAUCGAGGAGGCGCUGAAUAGACACACCUGUGAAAUUGAGAAGUCAUCCAUGUAUCACGCUCGCGAAAUCCUGUUCAACACUCGGAUGUGCAUAUCAUACGAUUAUCAACGUUUCAUCCCGCAAGUGUUCAGUGGUUUUGCUCCACGCGCGAAAGCACAAGAAUGGCUCUCACGCCAGGUCGUCGUGUCGAAGAACGUCGUGUUCAAUCUACAUCAAGUGACGGGAUUCGCGUCUUCUGCCCUCGCCCUCCGCCCUUUCUUCGUGUACUGGUUUAUAGGCCAGGUUUCUCGCGCAUUGACGCUAUGGUCGUACGAUCACUCCCUCUUGGUUGCGCUAGAGGUCUGCAAAGGUAUGCUGGAGCCUAUCGAGUAUCUGUAUGCUCUAUUCCCCUCUCCAAUCCUUCGCAGACGGAUGGAGACUAUCAAACAGCAAACCAUCAACGCUUGCGUAGCCGCGGGCGUGACUCCACCUUCACCCGUGGAUCUUAGCAAGCUGAUUCCUGGUUAUCGCGUUCCAGGUCCGUGAAGGAUGCGUGGAUCGAUCUCCUAUCACGCGUACCUCCGUUCUCUGUCGUGCCAUACCUCAUCACCUCGUCGGCAACUUUUUUGUCGUACGUUGAUGGUUACUCCGCCCAGCCUAUCUACCGAUAUCUUUCCCCCAUCCCCUCGUUCAUCAUCGGCUUCUCAUACACGCAUUUCAACAUUUAUUUCUUCACCUCAAUAGAGUCAUGUGACCUCAUCGAUGUAUAUGUGUACGCGCAUUCCUUUUGGACAAUCAUUC